AUGUCAAAUUUGGCAACGGCACUUACCCAGGCGCUGAAUGCGUCAUUCCCUCGCGUGUCCUUUACAAUGGCCUAUGGAUCAGGUGUAUUUCAACAAAAGAAUCACGACUCAAGCACGAGUAUGUUGGAUCUCGUAUUUGCUGUGGACGAUCCAAUCUCAUGGCAUGAAGAAAACAUUGAACGCAAUCCUCAACAUUAUUCAAUCCUCAAGUAUUUUGGGGCUGCCAAUGUUGCCGCCUUUCAAGAGACUUUUGGGGCGGGUGUUUAUUAUAAUACACUGGUUCCUCUUAAGGGUGAACGACUCGGAACACGACUCAUUAAAUAUGGUGUCGUAAGCACACAAACUCUAUGUGAGGACCUGACAACCUGGAAAACACUUUAUCUCAGUGGUAGAAUGCAUAAACCUGUCAGCAUUCUUACCAUGAGUGACGAUAUUCAGACAGCGACCUCAAUGAAUUUGUCGCAUGCUCUUAAUUAUGCACUACUUUGUCUACCGCCGAAGUUUUCAGAGCAUGAUCUGUUCAUGAAGAUUGCAGGGAUUUCAUACCUCGGCGACUUUCGGAUGACGUUUGGUGAAAACCCGAGAAAAGUGCGUAAUAUUGUAGACGGCAAUUUCAAAGCCUUCAGGGAGCUCUACCAACAUCAAAUUCAGAAUUCGCCAUUCAUGUCGCGCUUGAUCUCUAACGGUGACAUGCUAGUCGCCAAUAGUGACAACCAAAAGGUGAGGCAAACCAUUGUGGAUGCUUUGCCGUCUAACGUGCUUCGACGUCUUGCCACAAAAUCGCGCAUGACUGGAACGCUUGACCAUCAGACUGUCACAAAAAAGCAGCUGCAGCGCGUGAUCGCGUCGAUCGUGUUUCGGUCAAGUCGCUCGCAAAGUAUCAAGGGCAUCGCCACUGCGGGAGGCGUAAAAUCACUCAUCUACGUCGCGCAAAAACUGAAGCGCACUUACUUUAAGCAUUCGAGCAAGUGA